UUGAACUUGGUACAAAUACAGUAGUCUAGUUUUGAAACUGUCGUUAGUCUUCUUCUACAGAAUCAUGAAGGUCGAAAUUGUUUCGAAAGAGAUCAUCAAACCUUCAUCACCGAUCCCUCACUACCUUAGAAAUUUCAAACUCUCUCUUCUGGAUCAACUUCUUCCUCCUCUUUAUGUACCCAUUGUUAUUUUUUACUCGGAUGAUGAUGAUGAUCAUCAUCCCUUUUCGAGUCAUGGCAGUCAAUGUAGAAAAUCAGAUAUUCUCAAGAAAUCAUUAUCUGAAACCCUAACUAAGUUCUACCCUAUCGCUGGUAGAAUCAAAGAUAACAUCUUAGUUGAUUGUACAAAUGAAGAUAUCAAUGGUGCUGCGAAACAAGCUCAGUUAGUUGUUCAGGUGAAUAUGUUCGAGUGCGGCGGAGUAGCCAUUAGUGUGUGUUUAUCCCACAAGGUGGUCGAUGCUUGCACAGCCAUGACAUUCUUAAACGCAUGGGCGGCCAAUGCUCGUGGUGUACACGCCGAGGAGAUUGUUUAUCCAACUUUUGAUUCGUCAUCCAUCUUCCCAGCACUACCUAUGGAGAGACAAGUACCACCAUUUGAACCUGAUGAUGUGGUUAAAGGAGAGAAUGUCAUAACAAAAAGGUUUAUAUUCUGUGCGGCCGGAGUAGCUUCCCUCCGUGAAAAAAUUGCAGCGUCAAGAAGUGGCAGCUCUGUGUUUUCAAAAUACCCAACUCGUGUUGAGGCAAUAUCCGCACUGAUUUGGAAGACCUUUAUAGAUAUUGGUAGAGUCAAAAUGCGUCGCAGUUCUCCGCCAUCUACGAAAACACCGGUGGCCCUCAAAUCCUUAUUGAACUUUGCUGUGAAUUUGAGAACGAGGUUAGAUCCACCAUUGCCUCAAGCAUCAUUCGGGAAUGUCAUAAUGGAUUCAACAGCGGAAUCAAUUACUACUGCAACGGGUAAUGACGACGAGGAGAGUAGCAAGGAUUUUGCAAAGACAUUAGAUGGAUUAGUAGGACAGCUAAGGGCAGCAAUCAACGAGAUCAAUGGUGACUACAUAAGAAAAUUAAAAGAUGGUGAUACUGAUUUCUUAAAGUCAAUCGGAAACUCGUCUCAUCUCAGAAAUAUCAGCGCCGGCGGUGAUGAUGAUGGGGGUAUCAAAGUUCAGGUAUGUUGGAUUAGUAGUUUGAGUAGGUUUCCAUUCUAUGAAACUGAUUUUGGUUGGGGAAAACCAUGUUGGAUAGCUUGUAAUACUACUGGUGAAUACAAAAACUCUCUUUUGAUCAUGGACACAAAAUGUGGUACGGGAAUAGAAGCCUGGGUAAGUUUAGAAGAGGAAGACAUGUCAAUAUUCGAGGAAAAUCAUCAACUGUUGCAUUAUGCUAAAACUUAAUUGCAGACAUUAAGUGCGCGGUUCAGUGUUCAUCAUAUUCACGACUCAAGGCUAGUAAAAAGUUUGUCUAAUACUAGCAUUUUCUUGGCGUACUAACAUUAAAGUUUGGUGAACUUUUUAAGUUGUAACUGUACGCAUUAACUAUUUUCGUCAUGUUUAUAGAUUAAUGCAAUGGUGGUGACUUCAAAUCUGCUGAUGAAGUUUGCAAGAUUUCAAAAUAUUAUCUUAAGCUCGUAAUGGCUUGUGUCCAAAGUGAGCUGCUUAUAUUGACCAGGGAAACGGGCCGGCUAACCGGUUCUCAGUGCCUUAUAAUUACAUUGAAUCCCGUAGUACGUCUCUUUAGUCCAAUUUCCUAAUUACAAGCUCAAUUACCUACAAUUUGUUAUC